AUGGAUACGAAACCACAUGUAUCAUCGUCACACGAUGGGUCAACCUCGGAGCGGGUCGUCACCCUGUUGAUCUUUUUCAACUUGUGGGCAAGGGAUCCUAUUGACGAGUGGGAGGACUAUGAGGUCCCUGAUGAUCUGGACGCCCGUGGGCGUUUUAAUGCCGGAAUUAAUAAUUCCGAGUAUGUCAUGUCUGAGGAGGAACUUUCUGAGCGAAAUUUUGCCAGUUUGAAGGAGAGGAGUUACAAAGAGACCACGGAAUACAUCGGUGGUGGAAGCGAGGAACGCGAGUCGCCUGCUGCCUUUUACAGGUGCCCGACCUGGGACAUGCGAAGUGAUCAGCUGUGA